UCCUCCUUCACUACCUGCUGCUCUUUUCCCCGUUUGAUCGCUCUUUCUUUCUCGAAAAGGAAAAAUCAAAGCAAAAUGUCGAUGGAUUCUGCUGUUUCUAUUGGGUGGGAUGUCUUGAAGUGGGUAGUUGUUCCCGUCAAGCGCCAAUUCGGAUACAUGAUCUCCUCCAAAAGCUACGCCCAGGAUCUUCAGAAGGAGGUCGGAAAGCUGGCGUACGAGGCUGAUAUGGUCCACAAUGACGUGGAAGUGGCCAGAAACAAUAGCCGGGAGGUCUACAGUCAUGUCGUGGAGUGGCAGGCAAAGGCUGAGAAGGCCUUGAAGGAGGCGCGAGACCUGUUGGGCGACUUCGAAAAGGCGAGCAAGACUUGUUGCUAUGGGAGUCUUCCCGAACCCUGUUGUCGCUAUCAGUUCAGCAGGAAGGCCAAGCACAUGAUCGAGGGCAUUCAGCAACUCGCUCAAGAAUUUAGUGAAUUCAAGUAUAUUUCCUUCAGUGGUACUGCUCCAGGGAAUGCGGCUGCUUCGACUCCGGCCAAGAGAGAAGGCAAAGAUGUCGUCCAGUCGACCAUCUCGAUGGCCUCAGCUUCUUUUGCCUCGAUGUCAAUUAAGCUUAAGGACGACGGCAUGGUCCAAUCCAGAGAAUUGAUCAUGCAGGAGAUCAUGGCUGCUCUUGCUGAUAACAACAAUAGCGUAGUCGGGAUUUACGGAAUGGGCGGCGUCGGCAAGUCCACCCUAUUGGACGACGCCGAAAGGAGGAUAAAGAAAGCGAAGUCGUUUGAUUGGGUCGCUAAGGCCGACGUGUCGGAAAAUCAAGACGUCAAGAGGAUUCAAGGAGAGAUUGCGCACGCGUUGGACCUGGACAUAAAGGAUGUGGAGUACGUCAAUUCGCGAGCGGAACGUCUGCGCACGAGGUUGGAAAAGGAGGUGAGGGAGAAGAAGAAGGUGCUCAUAAUACUGGACAACCUGUGGAAAGGGCUUGACUUGAAGUCAGUAGGCAUUCCUUGCGGACACAACAACAAAGUCAUAGGAUGCAAGUUGCUGUUGACGUCAAGAUUUCAAGAUGUUUUGCGAAGGGAAAUGGGCUGCGACAGGGACUUCCUCCUCGAUGCGCUGAAGGAGGAAGAGGCAAAAAGAUUGUUUGAGAGGACGGUGGGCGACAAAGUUCAUCACGAUCCGUUCAAAUCCCUGGUGGAUGAAGCACUCAACAAAUGUGCAGGUUUGCCUUUCCUAAUUAUUGCAAUGGCGAAUGUUUUUAGAGAUGCCGAUUUUCGCGAAUGGAAGGAUGUUUUGAGACAAAUUGAGAUGUCUACCAACAAAGGAAUCAGUGAAAGAAUAAACGAGAUGCUGCAGUUGAGCUAUAAUCGUUUCAAAGGGGAAGAUGGCAAGGAGGUGAAGUCAUUGUUACGGCUAUGUGUCGUUUACGGUGUCUCUAAGCCCUCUCUUGAAAACUUGGUGAGGUAUGGCGUGGGUUCGAGGUUAUUUCGAGAAGAUAGCAGCAUGGAAGAAGUGAGAGACAGGUUGAGCUCACUGAUCCGAACCCUGAAAGCCUCAUCCUUUUUGUUAGAAGACAAUGAAGAUGUUGAUGGUUUCAAGAUACACGACUUGGUUCGUGGAUUCGUUGCCUCGGUAGCUUCAAGAGAUGACCCUCUUCUGGUGUUGAAAAAUCAUGAUAAGUCGGUGAUAGAAUUGCCGAAGGACAAGCUCAAAAGUUGCACAUCGGUAUGCUUUCCCUACGUUGACAUGGAGGAGCUUCCUGAAGACUUAGAUUGCCCUGAAAUGCGGAUCUUUUUGUUGUUCACAAACAAUGAAUCUCUUAAGGUCCCAGGCUCAUGUUUCAACUCUAUGAGAAAACUCAUGGUCUUACAUCUUUCUCAAGUGCGGCUCACUCGUUCACCUUCGCCAUUCCAGUUCUUGGAGAACUUACACACUCUGUGCCUAAAUGAUUGUUCGUUAGAGGAUGUAGCCAUGAUCAGCGAGCUAAAACGGCUAUGUGUUCUCAGCUUUGCGAACUCCAAAAUUCAACGAUUGCCAAAAGAAAUUGGACAAUUGGUGGAGCUGCGGUUGUUAGACUUAAACCAUUGCUCAAAACUUGAGAUAAUUGAACCGGGUGUGCUUGGGAGCUUGAUGAAAUUGGAGGAGUUGUAUAUGGAGAAUAGUUUUGAUUGUUGGAAUGCCGUGGAGCAAACUCCACCCACUAAUGCCGGUCUUUUUGAGUUGAAUAACUUGAAGAAUCUCUGCACUUUGCAUGUGUCCAUUCUCGAUCCGAGUGUGCUCCCAGAGGAUCUAAACGUCGAGAAACUAACCAAGUACCAAAUCCGGAUAGGUGAUGUGCCACGCCGGCGAAGUCGCAAUGUGUCGAGCACAUUGGAGCUAUCGAGCAUGUUGGAGCUUCAGUUGGAUCCAAUGAGCCAUAUUCUUCGGAAAGGAUGCAUACAGACUUUAUUAGGCAAAACUGACGGUCUCUUUUUAAACGGAUUAAAUGGAAUUGAGCAAAGUAUUUGCGCGUUAUCGCAGAAAGGCUUUCCGAAAUUAAAGCACCUACAGGUCGAGAAUAGUCCCUCUGUCCAUCACGUCCUCCAAUUACCAUCGCAUACGGGGUUUAAGAUGUUGGAGUCAUUACUUUUCGAUAACCUCAUCAACUUGGAAAAGAUAUGCAGCAACCACAUCUCCUCCAAUUCCUUUAGUGCAUUAAAGGUAGUACGAGUUGAAAACUGUGACAAGAUGGAAGUUUUGUUUCCUCUUUCAUUAUUGAGAGAACUUCCACACCUUGAAGAGAUCCGAGUUGUCACCUGUCACUUAAUGCGGGAGAUUGUAGAAGUGGAUGAUUGUGGCAAACUUGAGUUGCGGAAUUUGCAUGUCUUGAAAUUGCGUGAUCUGCCGAAUAUGAAGAACUUUUGCACCGCCGGGAUGGCUCCUUCAAGUUGUACAUCAAACGACCAUGUUGGCACUCAAGUUGCAUUCUUCAACGGGCAACAGGUUGCGUUUCCUAGCUUGGAGACAUUACGCAUCUGGAGUAUGGAUAGCAUUGAGACAAUAUGGGACAAUCAAGUUGCUACAGAGUCUUUCCACAAACUAAAGUCACUCAAUUUAGAGGGAUUAUCAAAGCUAAAGCGUGUAUGGGAUAAGGAACUUCACAGUCAAGUCAAAUUCCAGUGUCUCCAUUCUGUUACCGUUUCCAGAUGCGACAGCCUCACCUCUCUGUUUCCAACCUCAGUAGCUAGGGAUCUAAUGCAACUUGAGGAGUUGGAGAUCAAUGAAUGUGGUGGCAUUGUGGAACUCAUUGAGAAGGACGGACUAGAUCCCAGGGAUGUGUUCCCUCAGUUAGCCUCCCUCAAUCUUGCGCGUCUACCAGAGUUGAAGUGCAUCUACACAGGAACACAUGCUUUACGUUGGCCGGCAUUGAAGAUCUUGAAGGUGGAUGGCUGUAACAAAGUGGAGAUACUUGCUUCGCAACUUGAGAAUGAGAUGCCACUUCAUAAACAACCUCUCUUCUUGAUAGAAAAGGGCGCAUUCUCAAAUCUGCAAGAGUUAAAAUUGGAUUUAUAUGGAGGGAUGGAGAUAUGGCAUGGGCAUUCUCAUGAUGGAGAAUCCUUUUGCAAGGUUAGAGUUCUCGAGCUUUGUCAUUUCUCGAAGGAAUCUGCAAUGUCCACAUGUCAUCUUGUUCGGAGUUUAACCAACUUGCAAGAGCUGGUUGUACGCAAUUCUGAUAUAGAAGAGCUGAGCGACAUUGUGGAAGCCAAAGAAGGCCCAAGGCACGAGUUAAAAGUAAUACCACCAUUUUCCAGAUUUUUUCAACAUCUCAAGACUCUAGAUGUGUCAUUUUGUGAUGGGUUAUCAAAGAUGUUCACACCAACAAUAGCUGGAAAUUUGGUGGGACUCACGAAAUUGAGGAUAAGUAAAUGCAAAAUGUUGACAGAAGUCAUUUGUGACGAUGGAGGUGAGGAGGGGCUUGUGGUGGUUUUCAAUCAAUUGAAGUAUAUGGAGCUUGAUGGGUUGACGGGGCUGAGAUGUUUCAGCUCAAGUAAAUGCACUUUGAUGUUCCCACUCUUGGAAGAUGUCAUUGUGAGUGGAUGUCCUAGCAUGAAGUUCUUCUCUCAGGGACCAAUAAAUACGCCAAAGUUGGAGAGAGUACAAGCAUCAACAGAAGCGUGGUUUUGGAAGGAAAACCUCAACAUCACCAUCCAAAAUAUGUUUAAAGAAAUGGCUACUUUUUCUGGAGUAAAGUCGAUGCGGCUGUCUGAGUUCCCUGAGCUAAUUGGAAAAUGGCACGGCGAACUUAUUCCCAUCAAGCCCUCUUGGCAAUUAGAAUCACUGGUGGUGGAUAAAUGUCCAUCAUUUACUAACGCUAUUCCAUCCAGAUUGAUACCUGUUUUAAAUGAAGUGCAAGGAUUGCAAGUGCGCGAUUGCGAGUCGCUAGAAGAAGUAUUCAAUCUUGAUGGGCUGGAGGGUGUGCGAAGCACACGAGUGCUACCUAUCUUACAAGAUCUAGACUUGGUCAAUCUACCAAAGUUGCGGCGACUAUGGAACAACCAUCUUCAAGGGAUGCUGCGCUUCGAUAUGAUAUUUGGUCUCACCCUUUAUAAAUGCAGCAACUUGAGACAUGCUUUCACUCCAUCGAUGGCUCGGUGUGUUGCCAAUCUAUGGCGGAUGGAAAUAAAGGAGUGUGGUCAAAUGGAAGGAGUGAUCGCAAAGGAAGAAGGGCAGGAAAGCGCAGUGGAGAAGAUUACAUUUCCUAAUCUUAAAUGGAUGAAGCUGGAAUGCUUGCCCAAUAUGACUAAUUUUCUCUCGGGGAAGAAUCAUCGGCUGGAAUGCCCUAGUUUAGAUGGGCUGACCAUCGCCUACUGUCCCAAGAUGAGAAGUUUAACUUGGCAACCUUUGAUGGAGAUCGACCACGGCGCUCCUUCACUUUUUACUCCGCAGGUACAAUUUCCUAAGCUUCAGUCGAUAUUUCUCUCUCACAUGGAAAAUUUGAGCAAAAUAUGGAUAGACAGUCCUCAAGAUACUCUCACUUUUGAACAUUUACGGAAAGUGAAAGUUGAUAAUUGUAAGAGCCUUGAAAAUCUGUUUCCGCAUUGGGUGGCUACAAGUCUAAACCAAUUGGAGAAACUUCGAGUGGAGUUUUGUGCAAUCAAGGAAAUAGUCGCAAGUGGGGAUAACACUCCACACUCCACUACUGCUCAAGCACUUUUCCCGCAAUUAACCUCUCUGGUGUUCCAUGCUAUGCCACAACUCAAGCGUUUCUGCCCUAACUUGUCUACUUUGAACUGGCCAUUCUUGAAGAAAUUGCGAGUGACACAUUGUGACAAACCGAACAUGUUUCCUUUGGUGGCAACCAUGAACAAGUGGCCUCAGAAAAAUGAUCAUCAGGACAUUUCAGACCAAGAAACACGCUCUUCAUUUGAGAAGGUAUGACUUCAACUAUUCUCCCUCAGUUUCUACUUUGUUCUUUA